AAACCCAUCCCCAAAAUCUUAAACCCUCGCCACUCUCCUCUUUCUGUAAGGCAUUCUGCAGAAAACUAAGCAAACGAAAAAAUGGAGAUGGUUCAAGAAUCAUACGAAUUGGACGUGGGUAAUCUCAUGGCUUCAUACCCACAUCACAACUUUGCAUCUCAACCAUCUUCCAGGGAGGAGUUUGUGAAGGAGUGUCUACAGGAGGGGACCAAGUUAGUGCAAGCUAUUGCAGAAGCCCUCUUCAACUUACCUUCAACAGAAAGUCCUGAUGGUCCUCUAGUCCAGUUGCCUCAACCAACUACGAGAUUGCCUAGAGAGAAGCCUCUUCCAAGGCCUAAACCUCCAACAAAAUGGGAAGUGUUUGCCAAGAAGAAAGGUAUACAAAAACGUAAGAAAGACAAGGUGGUGUUUGAUGACCAAACUGGUUCAUGGAAGCGCAGACAUGGCUACGAUCGCGUAAAUGAUGACAAAGAUGUGCCAAUCAUUGAAGCCAAGGCAACUGAUGAGCCUGGUCAAGAUCCUUUUGCUAAGAGACAAGAAGAUAAGAAGAAAAGAGUAGAAAAACAAGAGAAAAAUCGAUAUAGUAACUUGAAGGAAGCUGCAAAAGCUGGUGCCUUGCCAAGUCACGUUCAGCUUGCUGCCACAGCACUGCCUAUAACAGGAACACAAGCUGCACCAAGGAAAAUUAGCAAGGAUGAACUCGGGAAUGUUGCUGGAAUGGCAGCAAAUGCAACAGCUAGUGGUGGAAAAUUUGACAAGAAGUUGCCUGGUGAAAAGCCCCCAAAACACGACAAGAAGUAUCGAAAGUUCCUACCAGUUGCGGAAGGAUCAGGAAUGGGAUCCUUGGAGAGACAGCAAACUGAAAAGGUUCUAAACAAAUUCAUGUCCAAGAACUCACAUGAGAUACUCAACGUGCAAAAGGCUGUAAACAUGUACAAUGUGAAAAAAGAUAAGAAAGGAAGGAGCCAGGGAGGGAAGUCAUCGUCAACCGAUAACAAAUUGAAGGCAAGGAAGUCACCCUACAAGAAAUCAUCAACAAAAGGGCCUUCAAGUAAAGGAAAAUCUAAGUAACUUUCAUAUUUCAAAUUGUAGUAGUAUACAUGAUAGUCAGCCCUCUUCAUUUAUUAUGCUUUGUUUGUUUAAUUUUUUGUUGCAAUGGUACUGUGAAGAGAUUCUUGAAAAAGGAGACUUGUAUUUUCCAUGUGUGAAGUAAAGUAAAAUACCCUUUAGUUGAA